AUGGCCUGGUGGGACUGGGCCACGUGGCUGCCUUCCACUCUGUUCCUUCUCCAGGCCCCAGGCUGUUUGUCCCUGAGCGGCCCCCGCCACGUGACGGGCACCGUGGGGGGAACCCUGAGCGUGCAGUGUCGGUACCAGGAGGAGUUCGCGGAAAAUAAGAAAUACUGGUGCAGAAACCCAUGUUUCAUACUGAGGAGGGGCAAGAUUGUGGAGACCACGGAGGCAGAGAGAGAAGUGAGGAGGGGCCGCGUGUCCAUCAGGGACGAUCCAGCAAACCUCACCUUCACAGUGACCUUGAAGAACCUCAAAAAGGAUGAUGCGGACACAUACUGGUGUGGGAUCGACACAUCAGUCUUCCAAACACUUUGUGGACCCCACCUUCGGGGUUGUGCCCCCGCGCCUACGCAGAAGAUCUCCACGAGCACCCUGGGCCCGCCCUUCUCCCUGCCAGUGACCGCCUUACCCAGUACAGCCAGGCCAGAGACCCCCGAUCCCCGCCAACGCCCCCGGUCCCUGCUCAGCAGCGUCCACUUCCUGCUCCUGGUCUUCCUGAAGCUGCCCCUGUUCCUGAGCAUGCUCGGGGCUGUCCUCUGGGUGAACAGGCCUCAGAGGGGCUCGGGGGCGGGCGGGCCGCCCCAUUCUGAGGACCAGUAGCACCUGGGGCCAUCGGUGUUCUGCCCAAGGACACAGGCCUGGAUGGGAAUGACCUCGUGAC